GCGACGGAGAGACCACGCUGCUUCAAGGGUCGAUCGCGCCGGAACGUGCGUGCGCUGUUGACAGGCCUUAGCAUGCUCUCAACAAUGAAAAGCUGACAGGGAGUGCCUCCAUGCCUUAAAGCGACAACGAAGAAAAGCCCGGUAAUCGAGCAGACAAGCUAUCGCCGAACAUGCCGACUGGCUUCCUGCAGAAACGAGGAAAGCAGUUAGGACGGACGCAGGCCACUGUCGCAAGUCGGCCGGUCUGAUCGACUCAGGAGCAAAGCAAUGUUCGUCAACGUGCCAUAUAGCUUCUCCAAAAGAUGAAUUAAGCGAGCAGAAACAGAGAUUUGUAGACAAGUAAAAAUCAAUUGUCGUACUCCUGGCGACAUCCGGAGUUUUGGAAUCGUCUGAUAUCAGUGCAUGGAUGGCUAUUGGAUCAAAUAGUGACUGCUGCUGCUGCAAAAGAAGCUAUUAUUCAUUUUUUAGUUAUUGUCGUGUUGAGGCACUUAGUCAAGAACAAUUCAUCGAUGGUGACGGUUUGAACAGAAUUAGGAUCUAUGAACACUUCGUAAUUUGUGAUGCAAUUUAUGUUUGCUUCAUGCAGAAAAUGACGAAGGAUGAUGAGGUGCAUUAAGUGAAACCAAAUCGUUGUGUUUUUAGUGAAGUUGAGAGAAAAUGAGUAGUGGGGUAGAUUAGAGGAAGACGUUGAUGCCAUUGUUGGCGCGCCCUGGAAUAUGUUUUUAUGGCCACUCUUGGAUAUAACGUGACUCAUCACCGUACGCGUCGUGCUUCCUGACUAUCGGACGUUCGGACCCGAACCCCUCCCCCGCUAGGACUAUUACUUGUCAUAACGGAUGUCCGCUCUUAGCAAGCUUGCGAAUAGCAUCGACCGGCUUAUGUGUGAAGCUUUUUAAUCACAUUGAGAUUGCUGGCGUUGUCUUUCCGCGUCGCCAACUAGUUCAACUGAUAUCUGUCACAAUAUGUGUCGUUCCGACGCGAUUAUCGUGUAAAUAGAAAAAAAAAAAAAAGCAAACAAGCUAAAUACAAGAGAUCAGUUUCGUCUCGAACACUCGAAUAAGUAACUUAUUCAAAAGAUGCUGCAAACUUCUUAGAGGACUAAAAGGAGUUGUUUCGAUAUCGAGAGCAGUCUCUUCUUGACAAGAGACAUGGCUUGAAAGGGGUGAACUAUUAAAACAGUGGAAGGACAAUGUGGCGAUUGCCUGGCGCCCCCGUAAGUCGGGGGGAAGCGCCACUGGCCACAGCGCUGAUAUCGUCGUCGCGGUUGCUCCUGCUGUUAAUCGUAUGUUUAUACGACGCGACAAUGGUGGACGCUGUAAAGCUUCCGGAUAUCUACUGGAAUUCGUCAAACCCCAUGUUCCGAAUCGACAAUACGGAUCACAUAAUCGACGUUAAUCGGGGAAAUCAAGCGUACGACUUCGAUCAGGUGGAUAUAAUUUGCCCGUCGUAUUUGGUGGGAACACCGCCUCGAGAUAUGGAAACGUAUAUUAUCUAUCUAGCUUCCCGGCACGAGUACGAAACCUGUACCCUUCUCGGGAGUUCGGCAUCGCGGCUCGUGGCAAAAUGCAAUGGAAACGCUGGAAAAGCGUUGAAGUAUACCAUCACAUUCAGAUCGUUCACGCCUCAACCGGGAGGACAUGAGUUUCGACCCGGUUUCGAUUAUUAUCUGAUAUCUACAUCAAGCGGACGUCCCGGAGGGCUUAAUCAAGAUCACGGUGGUGCCUGCCGAGAGCAUAACAUGAAGCUCAUCUUUAAAGUGUGCUGUGAUCCUCACGAUGACCCAUAUCGUGCACCACCAGCGUCGCAGUCGAACACCACCGUCGAUGGAUUUUCGGCAGAGCGGGUAGAAGAGACCACAGAAAAGUGGACGCCAUUUCGGAGGUUGCCAUCGGCGUCAACGGACGUCUCAAGGAUACCUUCAACUGGAGUGGAUCGCCAUAGAGCUCAAGCAGCGGCUGGCUACAAUGGUAUUCAUCGUGAUACUGCUCCGACACGCCGCAUCUUCACACCGUCAGCAGACAGCAGCGGUAUCGGGCGAAACGGGGACGUCCUAACAGAUCUGCAGCAGCAGCAGCAGCAGCAGCGAGGUCCUUCGAAUCACUCUUCAUCAUCUUCAUCAAUGGACACCAACAGCACCAGGUUAUCCUCGUCGACCUGGUGUUUUGUAUGCAAUCAGAGCCAUCUGAUUUGGCUGGUAAUUGUCGCCUGUAUUGCAGCUGCCCUCUCAACAGUAUUUGUCAUUAGAUGAUGUUUGCUAAGCCGCCACCGACGGCGGCAGCUGCAUCAUCAGAGUGGAGCACAGAGAGGAGCACUGGCCGGCGCUCCACUCGUACAGUCGGGUUGGUCGGGUCUCGCAAUGCCCCCUGCGCACACGGUCAUCUUCAGCAAAAACGGCCACAGCCCCGCGUCGGUAGGGACGACGAUGACUCAUCCAAUGGAGGCAACCAGCGUCAUCCGGAACACUUACAGUCCCCAGCCAAUUAACCACAACAAUUCAUCUACACAACAGCUGCAGGCUGCAACGAUGUUGAGCAAUAAGGGUGGCCUGAGUAGCAGCGAAGUAGGUAUGAUGACGUCGUCGCAGAUCUACAUGCAGCCAAAUCACUAUAAUAUGUAAAAACAUCGAGAGAGAAAGAACAGUUGGCGAUGAUGGGAUCCAUGCUUCAUUUUGGCGAAAAGCAAACAAAAAGUGAUUUUUGCCUGUAUGUAUCGCGUCAAAUUGAGCUUGGUUUCUCUCGAGCCGAACGUAGCGUACUUCAACUUGAAUGCACGUUAAACUGGCUUUAGGAGAAGUUAAAAGGCCGAACGGAUACUGAGGCUGGCGCUGAUUCCGUGCUUCAAAUGCAAAGAUGAAUAUUUUUUUUUAAUUAGCAAUUUUACUAGUGUUAAUAUGAUUAUUACUAUUUCACGUCGUUACGCACUAUUUGUGCCAAAUGUGAUUAGAUCUACGGAAGAUAUCUCUCAGACAACUCAUGCCGUGUAUUAAGUUUACACUGUUAGAAGAUUUUUGGCUAAAUACUGGUCUAUGGAGAAUGAGAUAGAGGUAUACUAAUAGACUAGAAGAGUAGUUCUUUGGUGUUUAUAGAAAUAAGUAGUAAAUUACUUUUUCACAGCCAUUUCAACUUAAAAAGAUCUCCAAUCUAAAAAAAAAAAGAUUGUCCUCAGGUGAACAAAUUGUUUGUGUUCCCUUAAGGCGAACGAUACAUUUUUUAUGAAAAUCAAGUGCAUUUUUUUGUUGAGAUUUUUUUUGUUACUCAUAAACAUAGAAUAAUGUGUAAAUAUCACGCAAGCUUGUUGAGGGGUGUUUAGCACAUUGUUUUUUUUUUUUUUUUUUCUGUACAAUAUGCAGGAGAUAUGCUUUUACUAAGCUGUUUGUAGUAACAGAGAAAUAUUGUAGAAGUAAAAUAGCGUCUGUCGAUUGUUUAAACAAAUAUAAUCAUGUAGCUGGUUAGCAGACGCUUGACGGCCCUAAAGAUGCACAAACGAUCAAGAGUCUUGAAUAUAGCCGUUGACAAAAUGACCACCCUUUGAUUAUCUACGUACGUUGGGCAUCGGAAGCCUGUUGUUGCUGCUGCUGCUGCUGCUGCUGUCUCUGUGAACUUUCUUGUAAAACGUCAAAAAAAAGGCUGACUUCACCGAUGUACCCUUGGCAUUUUAAAUAAUGCUUCAGUCUCUUCAAUAACAAUAGCCUUACGAUUGCCCCUACCGACUAGACAAAUGGUGCUAUUUAUUCAUUUGUUGAGGUCUGAAAUUCGAUGUUGUUUAUAUUAUUAUAUUUAAAAGUAAUGAAAAUGGUGAAUUAUUAUCUACUCGACAGGCAAUCGUAUCACCCCAAUACAAUGUACAGUAUAUAACAUAAAAAGUAAAAGUCAUUCCCGGGUAAUAGUAAAUUAUUUAUAACAACAACGCUGUAACAGGCUGCUGUAUAACUUAUAUUGAAACAUAUAGGCGAAGCUGGUAUGAGUAAUGUUUGUAUGAUCAUGUAAAUAACAUGCAUGUUUCGUAUGGACAAGGCAGAGAGGUAUCGUUUGAAAUAGAGACGAAAGAUACAUACAUCGACAUAUUGAAGAAAAUACGGGGAGAAGAUGAUUAGAUGGAAGAGUGCAAUUGUCCUUUACCUUAUCGAAUGUAAAUAUAAUCAAGAAAUUGCGGACGAUGUCCUAUAAUGAUAAUAUAAGUUAAAUAAAUAAGAAGAUCAGCAAUGCUUUAA